AUGAAGCUGAGACGCGGACUGGAGCGAGAAUCGUGCGAUUUUUGCUAUCGACGCAAAGUCAAAUGCGACCGCAGCGCGCGAGCAAACUUGGGCUAUUCCGCCUGCUCGCAGUGCGAUUUGCGCCGGGUGCCUUGCCAUAUUGAUAAUUCGGGCGAUCUUCGCAAGCAAAAGCGGGAGGAUCGGUCGAAUAUCCAUCAUAGAGCAUCGUCUUCUCAAAUACAAAUAUCUGAUCCUGCCCGUGAUACUACCUCUGUGGAUAGUGAUCGCCCACUUCUCUCGUUGACUUCUACUCAUCUACUGGCCACGUCCCUACUGGGUGUGGAUAGUACGACGCCAGUACCAGAUCAGACGUCUGAUUUCCUCUUUCUAGACUCAUUGUUAGAUAUGAAACCUGAGAAUGUAUUAUUCCUUGACCAAACAUUCAUAUCCGAUUACGAUCCAACAAUCUGGACGAGCGAAGUAUUACAUUCAAUAGAUCCGAUUGCAAUGCUUUCCACUUCACGCGAUAUCGAAACACAGCCACCAGAUCAACAACCCACUAUCCCUCCUCUAAUCGACCGCCUAUCGCAGAAAUGCAACAUCAACCACUCCGUCCUGCAUGCAGCAUUACACGGAUACUUCGACUUCGCAGGACUUUGUCUACCUAUCAUCUACGAGGAUGCAUUUUGGACCGACUGUCAUGCCGGCUUAUGUAGCCCUGCACUCGUCUAUGCAAUUGCAUGUCGCGGUAUCCCUUUUAUCAACGUAGAGCCGCCGGCGUCCAAAACGAAAUACCAGCACCAGCUUGCCUGCGGCUUCCGAGAGUCCUUCUUCGAGGCUCAGCAAACGACCAUACCUCAGGAGUCAAUUCGUCUCGAUAACCUGGAAGCGCUGGCGCUAAUGAUCAAUUAUGAAUAUGACAACGAUAACGCAGACCCCUCUUCAUCAAUCUCCUCGCAUCUAGGAAGCCUCUUCCUCACACUCGACUCUCUAGUCUUGAUGAUCCUACAGUCACGAAUAGACACCCACGAUUCGUCGUCGGCUAUGACAACGCUAUGCAGAGCCACGCAGCGCCGAAGUCUUUUAUUCUGGCAUGUCUACGGUCUCGAUGCGUUUCAGAGUCUUGACCACAAACGUAUCUCUCGUAUACAAGAUGACACUGUUGAGAUUACCGACAGACUCUCGCGAGACGAGAUUGGAGACGGAGGGUAUCUCGAUGCCAUGCUCUCGCUAGCAAUUAUUGCGCGCAGGAUAGUGCAGCUUCUUUGCAGUCCUAUUGCGCGACGGAGAGGAGUUAGCUCUGACGAUGUUCAAUCUCUAUACGACCAAUUGCGUCGUUGGCGAAAACAUUCUUGCUCAGAUUAUCUCGAGUGGGAUGAAAAAGUGGUCAACCAGUCUAGAUUAAUGGAUCGUGGAGAGGGUUUUAUUACAGGGAAGCACAUGAAAUUGUAUCAAGCAGUUGUCAAACUCUUGGAGUUCAACUGCUACCUGCAAAUAGAGGAUUGUGUCAUCAAAUACGGGAUCCAGGAGAAACCCAUUCUCGGAGGUGAAAUAUUAUCGUUGCAGGUCCAAUACCAAAGUCUACGCGCAGCUUGUGGUAUUGCUGAUGUAUGCGGAUGGAUAAGCCACAAUCACAUCGAAGGACGACAAGGGAAAGAAGGACACUGCGAGGUACAGUAUUUUGUAAUUGAUCUUUCGCCUGAUAUACUACGGAAUUUGUGUGCUGGAGCUUGUUAUUGGCUGUGUAUUCGGUGCAAGACUCUUAGUUGCCGAGGAUUUCUGCCUAUUCCGCAACCUAACUCGUCUCUGAGUGAAAGAGAUGGUCGGGAACAGGAUGGAGCAGAUGCAGAUGUGCGUUAUAUUAAAGGCUAUAUAGAAACAGCGAAACAGCUAAGAGACGGAGUGGCGGUGGCAAAGUCACACAAGGAUACAGAAAAGAUUGUUGCUAGGUUAGAUGAGCAGCUUUCAUCCCUACAAAAGCUUAUCAAUAAUUAA